UUAAAACCUAAUCACACAAUUAUCACCUAAACAGGUCCAGGGCUUCUUCGACAUCCCGGUGGACAACCUACGGGCCUCACCGUUCCUUCUGCAGUACAUUCAGGAACAGAUACCCGACUACCGGAACGCCGUGAUUGUGGCCAAAGACCCGGGUUCGGCCAAAAAGGCCACCUCCUAUGCCGAGCGCUUACGGCUGGGAAUCGCCGUACUUCACGGCGAACAGAAAGAGUCGGACGCCGACGAAGUGGACGGCCGAUACUCACCGCCCAUCGACUCGAUGGCCGCCGGAGGGGCUGUCGGAGGCGGCGGCGGUGGCGGAGAGUCGGUGGUGAAGAUAUUUGACGUGGGUUUGGAUCCGAUGCCCACACAGGCGGCCAAGAAUAAGCCGCCGAUGACAGUGGUGGGCGACGUGGGCGGCCGUAUAGCCAUUAUGGUGGACGAUAUGGUGGAUGACGUGCAACAAUUUGUGGCCGCCGCUGAGGUGUUGAAGGAGAGGGGCGCGUAUAAGAUAUACGUGUUGGCCACCCAUGGGCUGCUCAGUAACGACGCGCCCAGGUUGAUCGAAGAGUCCCAUAUUAACGAGGUGGUGGUCACCAACACAGUUCCACACGAAGUACAGAAAAUGCAAUGCAAUAAAAUCAAGACAAUUGACAUAUCGGUACUGUUGGCCGAAGCCAUACGUCGGAUACACAACAAAGAGUCCAUGUCUUACCUGUUCCGCAAUGUGACGCUUGAGGACUGAUACCCCACCCGUACCCCUAACCCCCUUUGUUCCGCCACCCGUCCCGACACAUGUGUUAUCCAUUUAUAUUAUACACAAACAGAUAUCUAUUGUUUUUUUUCCUAUCACUCGAUC